UGUCUAUUUUUAUAAGAGUUUACGACUUUUCUAAAACUUUUGUAAACAAAGGAACUUUUUUAAAAAAAGACGUCUUGAAUAUAUAUUUAAUCCAAAGAAGAAGAAUCUCGGGCAAUUGGGUUGUUUCUUUUUUCUUUCUUUUUUUUUUUUCUUUUUGGUUUUUGGCUCCGUUUCUAAGGUGUUUUUUUUUUACCCCCCUCUUGACUUUGGGGUUCGGAUACCCCAGCUGCUUCGGGCACCCGAGGACCUUCUGGGCCCCACAUUAAUGAGGCAGCCACCUGGCGAGUCUGACAUGGCUGUCAGCGACGCGCUGCUCCCGUCCUUCUCCACGUUCGCGUCCGGCCCGGCGGGAAGGGAGAAGACACUGCGUCCAGCAGGUGCCCCGAAUAACCGCUGGCGGGAGGAGCUCUCCCACAUGAAGCGACUUCCCCCGGUGCUUCCCGGUCGCCCCUACGACCUGGCGGCGGCGACCGUGGCCCCAGACCUGGAGAGUGGCGGAGCCAGCGCUGCGUGCGGUGGUAGCAACCCGGCCCUUCUACCCCGAAGGGAGGCGGAGGAGUUCAACGAUCUCCUGGACCUAGACUUUAUUCUCUCCAACUCAUUGUCCCACCAGGAGUCGGUGGCCGCCACCGUGUCCUCGUCGGCGUCAGUCUCAUCCUCUUCAUCCCCAUCGAGUAGCGGCCCUGCCAGCGCGCCCUCCACCUGCAGCUUCAGUUAUCCGAUCCGGGCCGGGGGUGACCCGGGUGUGACGCCAGGCGGCACCAGCGGCGGCCUCCUCUAUGGCCGGGAGUCAGCGCCGCCUCCCACGGCUCCCUUCAACCUGGCGGACAUCAACGAUGUGAGCCCUUCGGGCGGCUUUGUGGCGGAGCUCCUGCGACCCGAAUUGGACCCAGUAUACAUUCCGCCGCAGCAACCGCAGCCGCCAGGUGGCGGGCUGAUGGGCAAGUUUGUGCUGAAGGCAUCGCUGAGCGCCCCUGGCAGCGAGUACAGCAGCCCGUCGGUCAUCAGUGUUAGCAAAGGCAGCCCUGAUGGCAGCCACCCGGUGGUGGUAGCGCCCUACAGCAGUGGGCCGCCUCGCAUGUGCCCCAAGAUCAAGCAGGAGGCGGUUUCCUCGUGCACAGUCGGUCGACCCCUAGAGGCCCACUUGGGCGCUGGACCCCCGCUCAGCAAUGGGCACCGGCCUAGCGCGCAUGACUUCUCCCUGGGGCGGCAGCUCCCCAGCAGGACUACCCUGACCCUGAGUCCCGAGGAACUGCUGAGCAACCGGGACUGUCACUCUGCCUUGACACUUCCCCCAGGAUUCCAUCCCCAUCCGGGACCGAACUAUCCACCCUUCCUGUCCGACCAGAUGCAGCCACAGGUCCCACCGCUCCACUACCAAGAGCUCAUGCCACCUGGUUCCUGCCUGCCAGAGGAACCCAAGCCAAAGAGGGGAAGAAAGUCUUGGCCCCGGAAAAGGACCGCCACUCACACUUGCGAUUAUGCCGGCUGCGGCAAAACCUAUACAAAGAGUUCUCAUCUCAAGGCACACCUGCGAACCCACACAGGUGAGAAACCUUACCACUGUGACUGGGAUGGCUGCGGGUGGAAAUUUGCCCGCUCUGAUGAACUGACCAGGCACUACCGCAAACACACCGGGCACCGCCCGUUCCAGUGCCAGAAGUGCGACCGGGCCUUUUCCAGGUCGGACCACCUGGCCUUACACAUGAAGAGGCACUUUUAAAUCCCAAAUAGUGGAUAUGACCCACACUGCCAGAAGAGAAUUCAGUAUUUUUUUUUUAACCUUUCACACCUGUCUUCCCACGGGGGGAGGAGCCCAGCUGACAAGCACUACAAUCUUGGUCAAGUUCCCCAGGAGUCAGCUUGUGAAGGAACGGAUGAUCAGUAGAAAGGAGGAAUGAAAAAGACAAAUCAAAGAACUGACGGGGUCUGUGACUGGAUCUUCUAUCAUUCCAAUUCUCAAUCCAACUUGAACAUGCCUGGACUUACAGAAUGCCAAGGGGUGACUGGAAGUUUGGAUAUCAGGGUAUAAAUUAGAUCCGAGAGUUGUGGGUGGGGGGAGGGAAGACCAGAAUUCCCUUGAAUUGUGUUUCCAUGCAAUAUUAAGCAUAAAGAUCACCUUGUAUUCUCUUUGCCUUCUAAAAGCCAUUAUUAUGAUGUUAGAAGAAGAGGAAGAAAUUCAGGUACAGAAAAAUGUGUUUUUUAAUAGCCUACGCGAUGGUGCUUGGUGAGUCUUGGUUCUAAAGGUACCAAAUGAGGAAGCCAAAGUUCUCAAACUGCUGCAUACUUUGACAAGGAAAAUCUAUUUUUGUCUUCCGAUCUACAUGUAUGACCUAAGUCAGGUAAAUACGCCUGGUUUACUUCUUUUACAUUUUUUAUGCAGACAGUCUGUUAUGCACUGUGGUUUCAGAUGUGCAAUAAUUUGUACAAUGGUUUAUUCCCAAGUAUGCCUUAAGCAGAACAAAUGUGUUUUUUUCUAUAUAGUUCCUUGCCUUAAUAAAUACGUAAUAUAAAUUUAAGCAAACUUCUAUUUUGUAUAUUUGUAAACUACAAAGUAAAAAAAAUGAACAUUUUGUGGAGUUUGUAUUUUGCAUACUCAAGGUGAGAAUUAAGUUUUAAAUAAACCUAUAAUAU